GGCUGAGUCAAACCUUGCUCGUUAAUUUCAGGCCGACGUUGCAGGACGGGGGCUGUCUAUACAUUUAUUAUACUCAAGAUCCCCUCUGUUCCGACAAGUUACAACCGGACUCAUCCAUCAUUCAUCUUCACUCGCUCUUUGGUCAAUAGUCUCGAGGUUCGUUUGUCUGGCAGUUCCGGGCCUUCUGGCUGUAAAGGGCCUGUUUGUUCUCACAACGAGAAGAGCCAUCACAACAACCUCCUCCCUCUGCUUCAACCAUCAGGAUUCAGGAGGUCUGCUGUCUGGACAUAAACCCUCACGCAACCACUCUUCGGCAACCCCGACCUUGACAACUUCUCGACAACCAAGAUGGCGGACGACUCGACGGCUUCGGGAGCCGAACUCCUCGAUUUCGCCUUGUACCGAUAUGAACUGUCGCUACCUGCCGCCAUUGCUACCGCCGUCGUCUUCUUGAUCCUCACGCUGCUUCACAUCUGGCGUAUAUACCGUCACCGCUCGUUUUACUUUACCGCCUUCACUGUUGGUGGUUGCUUCCAAGUCAUCGGUUACUGCGGUCGCAUCUGGUCCCACUUCGACGACACGGCCAUCGGCGGUUUCGUAAUACAGGCCAUCCUCAUCCUGAUCGCACCGGCACUGUACGCCGCCUCCAUCUACAUGAUCCUUGGUCGCCUGAUCCGCGCUUUGCACGCCGAGUCAACGUCUAUCAUCCCGGUCAAGUGGAUGACUAAAAUCUUUGUGGUUGGCGAUGUCUUGUCCUUCGUCUUGCAGGCUGGUGGUGGUGGAAUUCAGGCGGCCGGCACUCUCGAGUUUUACGAUAUUGGCGAGAAGAUCAUCAUUGUCGGCCUUUUCAUCCAGAUCUUCAUCUUCGGCUUUUUUCUCGUCACCACCGUCGUGUUCCACUCUCGCUUCCGCCAGUCCAACCGCACCGUUGGACAACACCCAUUGAUCCCAUGGAAACGCCACUUAACUGUCCUGUACGUUGCUAGCUCCAUCAUCAUGGUGCGGAGCAUCUUCCGUGUGGUUGAAUAUCUCCAGGGGAACGGGGGCUAUCUCAUCUCCCACGAGGUCUUUCUCUACGUCUUUGAUGCUGUGCUCAUGGCCGCUGUCAUGGCCAUCUUUUGCAUCUUCUACGUCGACGAUCUCGAGACAUCUGAUAGCGGGAAACGGGGCAGCGCCAUAGAGAUGCUGUCAAGCCGAGACAGUGAUGGGCCGGGGAUGGCGCCGCGCCCGUAUGGUGUUUGAGCGGCUGAGCCAACCUCGCGCCGCACCGAGAACCACUAAUAGCUGUUAAUAUCACGACA